AUGAAUCUUAGAAAAUAUAUGGAAGCUACUAAAAGUUUCUUUUUCCCACAUAUAGCAGAUGAUAUUUCAAUCAUAGUGGAUGAAGUGGUGAAACGUCUGAAAUAUUCAUUCAAACCUUCAGCUGCCUUGAUGGCUGAGAAAAGUGCAGAGGAGAGAAACGUCCUGCUCAUGCUUCAAAUCCAAUACUUAAUAUGGACUGUUUCAUUUGAAACCAAAAGUAAACCAGUAAGGAGUGAGGAGAACCACGCUGCAUUCCAACUUCUAAGUACCUUGUCGAUUUUAUAUCCUAAAUUCCGAGAGCCUUGUCCUUAUUCUGUGCCAGGAUCCAUCUUCAAGACCCUCGCUCCAAAACAAUUCUGCGAAACAGCGAACUACGUAGCCGUGAGACAGAAACUUAGGACAGGCUUGAACUGUCAGAUCAUGGGUUUGAAUGAACAUGGCAAUGUGGGAGUAUACAUACGUCGUUUACGAUCGGUAGUAUACAUAAACCAGCAUCUCCUGGAGAUGGAGAAAGAAAACCAUUCUGAGGAUUCAUGUCUUCCCUUCGUACUUGAACCUCUCCGAACAGCACAUCACUUUCAAAAAAACCUGGCUAGGGUUACUUGCGCUUUGUAUUUCUGCCAGCAUUGCUGUUCAGCGAUGUUGUACUGCCUGGGGAAAUCAUGCUUAUGGAGAACAAGUGAGGAGAGUCUUUUCGUUAAACAUCUAGCUCAGACAUUUCAGUACAUCGUUAAACCUACGAGCUCGGAAAACACUAACGAAUCAGCUAUUUUCUGUCGAGACAGAUUCAGUUUCUCUCCUUCAUCUAAUGAAGUAGAUGAUUUGGUUAACAAGCUAUUUACAUUUCAAAAUGUUAUAGAUCUAAGUGAGUACCUUAAGACUCCGAAUUGGAUUAUUGAAGAUAUCAACAAUAACGGAGGAAUCAAUCCUUUUCUUGUUGAAUUAUAA